AUGAGGUAAGAUUUCAAUAUUACUGUGGACAUUGUUUGUACUUUGGUGUGUUAAGUUCGUUUAUAUUAAUCAUGAUAAUUAUAUUGAACAUGAGAAUUAUAUUGUCUAAAAUGGCACGGAUCAUUGUCAUUUUUUUAAAUUAUAAGGUAGAAGUAAAUUCUUGGCGCUUUUUACCUUUAUUUUCUGUGCAAAUUGGCGCCAAGACUUUUCGGUCUUUUUAAUUUCGUUUUAUGUUGUCUUAGUUUGAAGAUCAGACUAAUAUUAUGUUUUUAUAGAUUGUAGGCCACUUAAAACUUCAUUUUUAAAUAAGUUUUUAAAAAUUUAGGUGUGAAAACACUAGAAAAUACUGUAAAAAUUGCCAUUCUAACCCAAAAUUCAUAGAUAUGAAGCUAUAUUAUCAUGAAAAAGCAUCCGUCUCGCUAUGACCAAGCCCUUUCAUCCCCAGCAAAGUGCAUGCACCAAGUUGUAAAUGACAGUUUACCGUUUUGGCAAUAUUUUGGAAAAAUUUAAAUAUAUUUGAAUGAUCGCUGGAGGGCUUUUUGUGCACGAAAACGCUCUCGAGGGGAUCCUUUUCUCAAGGGUCUGAAACUGACGGGCUUAACGAGUAAUUGUUUUAAGUUGUAGCACGAGAGAGACGAGACUGACAUCUCGUGUCACAGCCGCUAGCCGUUACCAUUAUAAUUUGUAAUAUGUGUGGGCUGACAUUGUAAAUACAUGUUUGUAAUGUUGUUAUGUUUGUGGGGGAGAGAUCGGUCAGAGGUGGGUACGGUAGCGGGUUUUUUGGGUUUUAAUAGGGUUGUUGAAGGUUACGGUAGGGGAGAUUUUAGAUUAUUGUAGGGAUAGGUCCAAAGUUGAGUGUAGUCGUUUAAUCGGUCCAAAAGUUCAUAGAAAAAGGCUUUUAGGCGCCGUUUGGUUUAAAAAAGUUCAACUGUCAUUUUUGCUGCUUGGCGGCUACUGUAAUUUAUAAAAACUUUAAGUUUGGAACUCUUCUUCAUAUAUUGUUACCUAAAUUUCUAACUCGACCAAUACUUUUGAGCUUUUCUAAGCUCUUUCUUACCCCCGCCCCCCUCCAUCUUAACUAUUUUAACGUAAAGAUCCCAAAAUAUCAUACUAGACCAUAACAAGCGCUAUGCCAAACUAAACGUAUCCUCGCAUCACUCCACGCCCAAAAUAUGUUUCCUAAUUUGCAAUACUAUGCAGGUGUGCUAAAAGCGUGCCGGCUUCAUUUCGUGCCGACGGGAUUCAGUUUCAACUUGUUCCACGGAUGACUUAUCCAUUUUCCCGCGCUCUUUCUUUGACCCCAGGGCAUAUGAUUUCUGGAGUCCGGAAUGUAUAAUACCCUACCUCUUGUUGAGCUAAUUGUACUCCUUAUUGUAUGCUUUUGGCUAUUCUGUGUUUGUACUCUUGAAUUAAACUGAAUUAGCAUAAAAUUUUGUUUUGGAAAAGGAUUGUUACGGUAAUAUCUUGGUUUUACUGUAGUUUCGGAGUUUCUUUAAAAUUAACUCUUUAGAAUUUAAAGAUAGCCCCUACCUUACCUUAGUGUCUUGUAAUAUCAGGUUGUCCGAAUAUGAAUGAGCCAAAGUUUUUAAAGUUGGGCGUUUUGAAUGGCUCAUUCAUAUUCAACCUGAUAGUAACCACAUAGCAUUUAUGAGCUUUCUUGUUAUUUUAAUGAAGAAAUUUACUUUCCACAGAUACAAUAAUAUAAAAUCCACUUUUCAGCUGCAGGCCUCUGGCCUUUGCCAUGCGAGAGCUGACGGUGGGCCAACUGAUCAUGUCGUUGUUCAGUAAUAUGGUAUUCACACUGGAAAUGCACCGAGGUUGGUUUGCGACUGCUGUUUCUUGUCCCGCGUGUUUAAAGACUUGUCUUUGAAGUUACAGUAUGAUCAGUCCAUUUUACAGUACUUUAAGGCUAAAAGCUUUAUUUUAUGGUAUUUUUUAGGCUAUAUUUUAUUUUUUUUUGAAAGAUAUCGAUUAAAAAUGGCACAAAAAAGGUGAUUUACCCUCAAUAACCAACCAAAAACUUUUGCGAUACUUAAGAUUAGACUAGACUGCGGCCUAAAACCAAAAAAUAGCCUUCAGUCUAAGCCCUAUACUAAACUAGUCAAAACUUUAAAGUAGCCACCCCUAUGCUAGACUGUACUUAUCUGUCUGUUUGCACUGUUUCUUGUGUUCAGGCUUGUUGCUGUUGCUGGUGUUGUUUGCUGUCGGUCCGAGUAAGGCGCUUUCUUCCUAUCAGAACUUUGUGGGCUUGGCACGGCACGCCCAGACCCCCAUCCUGCCCGAGAAGCACCGCAGCCGACACCAGAGUUCGAGUUCGUCCGAUUGGGAUCGGUUCGAGCAGCCGUAUCAGCACGAUACGGUACGGCACAAAGAGCGUACCAACAUGGAACGAUCGCGGGGUAUGGUUAUGUUCAGAUAAGAUCGGUUGUCAUAGUAAAUGUUGUGCCAGUAGAACGGUGAUUGUGUGUUAUAUGAGAAGAUAGUGAGUGUGUGAUGUGUAUGUUGUGUUAUACGAUCUACGAUCGUACAUGUUAUGUGUUACAUCCACAUACGAUUGUUGUGUGAUACGAUGUGUGUGUGCUUCUCAUAUUCUCAACCUGUUACCCAUGAAUUCUGAACCCGAUUUCAGCUGUUUGGGCAGGCGAUCACGAGCGCUUACUGUAUGAUCGGCUUCAGCAUGGCUACAACGUUCUGGCACGGCCGGUCAAAAACGAAUCCGAAGCCGUUGUCGUGCAUCUUGGUAUGGAUCUACAACAGAUUCUGGAUGUGGACGAGAAGGCUCAGACCAUCACUACCAAUGUUUGGCUCAAUAUUGUAAGUUAGGCUACUGUAACAUGACCUUAGGUGGUAGGUUAUGUUACUGUAAGAUGGCUUUACUAUAGUAAGAUAGGCUAUUUCGAUGUAAUAUUAGGCUACAAUAACAUGAAUUUAAGUAGCAAAUUAAGUUACUGUAACAUGCUUUACUAUUGUAACGUAAGUUGGCUUGAUUUUCCGUACUGUAGCAACUUAGCCUACUGUACUAAGAUCCUAGGAACUAUUUUUGAAUAGUACAAAGAUCGUUGACAAGUUGGUAAUGUUUCAGAAGUGGCACGAUGUUUACCUAACGUGGGACCCCUCCGAGUAUGGGAACAUCAAGGAAGUCCGGCUGCCUAUAAACAACAUCUGGAAGCCGGACGUGCUCCUCUACAAUUCUGUAGACCAACGCUUCGAUGCCAUGUGGCCAGUGAAUGCAAUAGUAACAUAUACGGGUAAUGUAACGUGGAUUCCGCCAGCCAUAGUCAAGUCAACGUGUCGUAUUGAUGUAGGUAUCCUCGAGGGCUUUACAUACUUUAAAAUUACAGAGAAGAUAGUGAAGAUGCUAAAGAACAUAUAGACUAUCUUUGCAAUGUAAUUGCAGCUCUUAGGUUAUAUUGUUGUAGGUAACUUCAUUUACUUUCUAUAACGUGUAUUUCUGCAUGUACUUCGAAGUAUAAUACUAAAGGAAUUUUGGUCCAGCUUUAAUGAAGCAUAUUGUUGUAGGUAACCUCAUUUCCCUUUGAUGAUCAAACUUGCUCCAUGAAGUUCGGAUCGUGGACGUAUUCUGGAUUCUUUACAGACCUAUAUAACUCUACAGUAUCGUUGGAUCCAUACACUCCCAAUGGAGAAUGGCAUCUCUUGAGUAAGUGUUGUAUCUUUCAACUAACAUUAUAUUAUGUUAAUGUAGGUCAAAGGGUACUGUUUCUAAAAGUGGUAUUGUAGACAAUUGAGUACUAAUGGGCACUUCCUAUAGAUUUUGUUUAUAAGGGGGAUGUUUUGCCCAUAGCCAUGUCUGGACCCAUUUUUAGCCUUUUUACGAGUCUAUUAUAGCUGUGCUCUUGAACCUACUGUAACAUGUUUUACAAAUAAGUAAGGCAAUUCAAAUUCAGAACAACAAAAUAAUUGUAAAGCCUAACCCAUAGCCUCCAACAGCCCAAGAAGGCCUUAUAAAACUUAAUUUCAGGUGCCACCUCCCAUCGUAACCGCAUCUUCUACGAGUGUUGUCCCGAGCCCUACAACGACGUCACCUUCAAGAUCUCGGUCCGACGUCGCACCCUCUACUACGGUAUCAACUUGGUGAUCCCAUCCAUCUUGAUCUCGUCGCUAGCCCUCCUCGGCUUCGCUUUGCCUCCAGAUUCAGGAGAGAAGCUGAAUCUUUGCGUCACCAUCUUCAUGUCACUCUGUGUGUUCAUGCUGAUGGUGGCUGAGACCAUGCCUCAGACGUCGGAUACAUUACCGCUGAUCGAGGUUUACUUCACGUGUGUCAUGUUCGAAGUGGGGGCGAGUGUAAUAUGCACGGUGAUCGUGCUCAACUUCCAUCAUCGCAAUGCUGAAGCCUACUUCCCCAUGCCCAGGCUGGUAUGUUGUUCAUGACUUUGAGUUUACAUUAGUAGUAUAGGAGUAACAUCGUAUAGUAUAUUAUUCUUUAUAGUACUUGUAUUAUAGUACUAAUAAAUGCCCAUCACUAAUCAAUGCAUCAUCUAUUGUUUAAACAAAGUAAACCUCUUUCCAGCUGAGAAUAGUCCUCCUGGACUGGUUCGCCUGGAUAUUAAGAAUGAGCAGACCGAGCAGAGUUCGCGUCGGAGAUAACAAUGAAGAAGAUCAGCCCAAGAAGACCUUCUUAACUUAUCUACAAGGCACUGAAUCUGGACUCAACAACUCUCAUGUCAUCGUACCGACCGUAGAGGUGGAUUCAAAGCUUUUAGUCCACCCUCAAGUCUACAGUAGUAUUCAGAAUGGAUACGGCCAUGGAGAAUAUAAGGUGUCGUCUAAUGGCACCGACUACCACAUUGGGAAAUGUCAUAAGAAAAAGAGUGAGUCAUAUCAUACAUAUUACAAGGAUAAUAUAUAACAAUAUCAUCAAGUUAAUAUACUACACCUUAUAGACAUUAGUACAUCAGAAAACUUGCCAGCUUAUCUACUCUAGAUGCUCGUAAAGGUAUAUUUUUAAAAUAUUUAUAAUUUUAGGCGCAGACAAACAACUGGCGCGGCAUAAAAGGCUAGCCGAAAGCAUUGAAGGCCGUUUUAUGCAGUUCCGAGCCCCAGAUGAAGCCAGGACUAAAUUAUUAUCUACUCCAGUAAGUUAAACACACAAUAAAUCAAUAUCUACUCAGAAAUUGAAUAAAAUUUCCAAUUUUUUAAAUUUUAAAAAUUGCACAGUGCAGGUUCUCAACCCGUCGCACCGUGCGGUCACUAGAAUCUCUUAGCUUCAGAAUCCUCGUAUUUUAUAAAUCUUGAAAUUUAAAAAAGUUUCGCUAGGAGGCAUAGAAAGAUUUCCUUUUGAUGACAAUAAUGUCUAAAACACAUUCAGAUUGGAGUAGAUCACACCAGCAAUCAUGUACAACAUAAACCCGAACCAAUACAUAGCUGUUUGAGUAACACUCAGUUUGAGGCUCUGAUGAUGCAUCUUAAAGUAAUAUCAGGGAAAGUGCAAAAAGAGGUAGGUAUUACUUAAAUUCUCUGGAUUUUAGGUAACAUUUGGAUGAAAACACCAAUUUUUAGAUAAUAAUUGGCUAAACAGCAGCUUUUAGGUAAAAUUUGGCGGAAAAAACCAAAUUGUAAGUGACAUUUGGCUGAAAAAACAUAUUUUUUCCGAUUUUUUAGAUAAUAAUUCGCUGUAAAACUCUUUUCACGCCCAUUUUAAGACAAUUAGCAAUAUUUUAAUAACAACACAAAAGUUACCACAGUGAAUGAACUCACCUGUCUUCAGGAAUACCUAAACGAGAUCCACGAGGACUGGAUGUUCGCGGCGAUGGUGGUGGAUCGGAUCUGCUUCAUCACAUUUUCAGGAUUCUUGUUUCUCUGUACCGCCCUCAUCGUAUACAGGGCGCCACAUCUCUUCGCCUAA